CUUUGCCCGAAGUUUUUACAUACAAAUUCCACUAGUCAUACUUGGCCAUUCAGUGCAGUUGCUGAAUUAAUAGACAAUGCUUAUGAUCCUGAUGUGAAUGCGAAACAGAUCUGGAUUGAUAAAACAGUCAUCAAUGACCGGAUAUGCUUGACUUUCACUGACAAUGGGAACGGGAUGACUGCAGAUAAGUUACACAAAAUGCUAAGCUUUGGCUUCAGUGACAAAGUCACCGUGAAUGGUCAUGUCCCGGUUGGAUUGUAUGGGAAUGGCUUCAAGUCAGGUUCUAUGAGACUGGGAAAAGAUGCAAUCGUUUUUACCAAAAAUGGAGAAACCAUGAGUGUGGGAUUCUUGUCUCAGACCUACCUGGAAGUCAUAAAGGCGGAACAUGUAGUUGUCCCUAUAGUCACAUUCAACAAACACCGUCACAUGAUUAAUUUAGCAGAAUCAAAAGCAAGCCUAACAGCAAUUCUGGAACAUUCUCUGUUUUCUACGGAACAGAAAUUACUGGCAGAACUUGAUGCUAUUAUGGGUAAGAAGGGGACAAGGAUCAUCAUUUGGAAUCUUAGAAGUUACAAAAAUGCAACAGAAUUUGAUUUUGAAAAGGACAAGUAUGACAUCAGAAUCCCCGAGGACUUAGAUGAGGCUGCAGGGAAGAAAGGGUACAAGAAACAAGAAAGGAUGGACCAAAUCGCCCCUGAGAGUGACUACUCCCUAAGGGCUUACUGCAGUAUUCUAUACCUAAAGCCAAGAAUGCAGAUCAUCCUACGUGGUCAAAAAGUGAAGACCCAGCUAGUUUCCAAGAGUCUUGCCUACAUUGAACGGGAUGUGUAUCGACCUAAAUUUUUAACUAGAACAGUGAGAAUUACUUUUGGAUUCAACUGCAGAAACAAAGAUCACUAUGGGAUAAUGAUGUAUCACAAAAAUAGACUCAUUAAGGCUUAUGAAAAAGUGGGAUGUCAGCUAAAGGCAAACAACAUGGGUGUUGGAGUGGUUGGAAUUAUAGAAUGUAAUUUCCUUAAGCCAACUCAUAAUAAGCAAGAUUUUGACUACACUAAUGAGUACAGGCUUACAAUACUAGCAUUAGGAGAAAAGCUGAAUGAUUACUGGAAUGAAAUGAAAGUGAAAAAAAAUGCAGAAUACCCUCUAAGUUUGCCUGUCGAAGACAUACAGAAGCGCCCUGAUCAGACAUGGGUUCAGUGUGAUGCUUGCUUAAAGUGGCGAAAAUUACCAGAUGGAAUAGAUCAACUUCCAGAAAAAUGGUAUUGCUACAAUAACCCUGACCCACAGUUCAGAAACUGCGAAGUUCCAGAAGAACCUGAAGAUGAGGAUUUGGUACAUCCCACUUACGAAAAAACCUACAAAAAGACCAGCAAGGAGAAAUACAGGAUCAGACAACCGGAAUUUGUCCCUCGGAUCAGUGCUGACUUAAUGUAUCCAACAAGUAUUUCAAGUCGGAGCUUUUCCCCUGUGAAAGAGAGUGUUCCAAGACCACAUCUUCCUGAAGUUGGGAGUCUCGGGAGUCCUUUCCCAACAAGGCUUUUAAGUAACCACAUGGUUUCACCUCAGUCUGAACCUGAGAGCAGCAGCCUGAAACGGAGACUUGCUACUCGUUCACCAUUUCUGAAUACAAAGAAUCGGAGAUUAAGUAAUGCUCCAUUUGAAAAUUCAUCUUACAAAAAUGAUGAUGAUGAAGAUGUCAUCAUUUUAGAAGAGAAUAGCACCCCCAAACCUGCAGUUGAUCACGACAUUGAAAUGAAGUCAGAACAGGGCCACCCUGAACAAAGUAGUGUUCCGGUUGAGCUUGUAAGUCCUGAACCUUGUGCCCAGGCCACUUCAACAAGCACCCCCACCUCCAGGGGUGACCAGGCCACUGCUGUCUCCACUCAGACUGAAGCACCAGGCUUAGUUGUUAAAAAGGAGGAGGAAUGUGUUGAAAGUGAGAUGGUUGCAGUGAGAGACGGAGUGACACUGCCCUCCUGUGCAAAUGCUGAAGCAACGGUACAGGAAACCUUGGAUAGGUCAGCAGACGAUGCUGGCCGUCAGGUACGGGAACUGAGAAGUGAGCUGCUGUCAGUCACGCAAGAGAGAGAUGAUUACAAGAGACAGUGUCAUGUGUACACCGAGCAGAUAAAAGUCUUACAGCAGAGGAUAUUAGAGCUGAAUGACAAGUGCGUGAAGAAGGAAACUUGUCACCAGUCCACUGAGACUGACCCUGUGUUCUUACUUGAAAGUGUUAAUGGUCAGUCUGAAAGUCCUGACCACAUAGGUUCUCAGUAUCAGCAAGCUCUGGAAGAGAUAGAGAGGCUGAAGAAACAGUGCAGCACUCUGCAGCAUGUAAAGACUGAGUGCAGCCAGUGCUCUGGUGGUGAGAGUAAGAGCGAAAUGGAUGAGAUGGCCGUGCAGCUUGAUGACGUGUUUCGACAGCUGGACAAGUGCAUUGUGGAGAGGGACCAGUAUAAAAGUGAGGUUAAUUUAUUGGAAAUAGAGAAAUCACAUGUUCAUUCUCAGUGUGAAGAACUCAAAACUGAAAUUGAGCAGUUGAAAUCUGCAAGUCAGCAGGCUGGAGCCGAUGUUUCAACUUCAAGCAAUGCUGAGGAAGCUGUCAAUUUCGUGGAUGGGGAAAGCCUCAAGCUUCGUUCUCUUCGAGUCAAUGUAGGGCAGCUGCUUGCUAUGAUUGUGCCUGACCUGGAUCUUCAGCAAGUCAACUAUGACGUCGAUGUAGUGGAUGAGAUUCUAGGACAAGUGGUGGAGCAGAUGAGUGAGAUCAGCAGCAGUUAAGACGCAGGCGUGUGGUAGCGGGGGCUUUCACAGCGUCGGCUGAGUGUAACGGGCGGCAGACUGAAGAAGCAAGCGCAUCCUUACUGUCUAUGCAUUCGAGUGUCCAGUUACUGUGGACACCUGUGAAAUAACCUGUGACUGGCUGGGGUCGAGCAGCUGAAUGGCUACCAUGGCUUCUGUUCUGAAUGUAAAUAUUUGUAUUGAGCCCACACAUAUUUUUUUAUUGCCCUAGAGACUGGUGUUUUUCACCAAGGUGUUUUCAGGUUGUUCCUACGGUUUGUGCAAUUUUUCUGGCUCCCUAAAAUGUAUUUUUCUCAAAAUUGAGGGCUGUGCCAUAAUGUAAAUGGAUAUGUUGCUACUGUUGUUUCUUUUAAAUGAGCAUUAGUAAGGUUUUCAAUAAUGUAGUGACCCUCCUGAUGAGGUCUGCUUACAGGGGAACUGAGGGUAGAGUUUUUCUCUUAAGCUCCUGUCUCUGCAUAGCUCUGCUCAUAGGAGAGAGGAAAGCCAAAGCUAGCUUCAUUUCACCUGGCUUUUUCUUGUGCUGAGAUUGCUAGUCAUCAAGGAAAAAGUGUUCUCCAGGACAAAGAAAAGAUCCUUAAAGUGUUAAAAAUAUCCAGUGACAACCAUGUUUACUUAGAAGCCCAUUUUUGGCUGUUGGAUUCAGCGUGAAGUGGGCGCAAUAAUUAUUUGAGAUUUCUUUUUGUGAAAUUUCCUGUAUAGCCUUUGUAGGGUUACUGCAGGUCAGUGUGAGCUGAGCACGCAGUCUCUCGCAGAUGCAGACAGCGCCGCACAUCUUCUGCUCUAGUAUGAAUGUAAGUGUUUUUAUCCUGGAGUGAAUCACAAACAGGCCUGGGACGAUAGUGUCACAUGCCAUAAAAUAUGCUUUGACUGGUCCCAAGUAUUGUGCAAUCUGAAAAGAGGAGAUGGCCUUUUAGUACAUAUGUAACUGUAUAAAAUUAAGAAUCAUAUUUUCCACAACUGAAAUGUGUUAUUUUUUCCAAAGUUUUAUUGUUGCUAUUUAUUUUAACUUUUCUUUCUGAAAAUUCAGUGCAUAUUCAUUUUGUGUGUGUGGUUAGUUACACAUCUGUUGUAUACAACAUUGAAUCUUUAUGUAUAUUAUUCUGGAAAUUGCCAAAUAAAUGAAGUUUUUGUUUUUAUUUGA